GUCCAACCACCCUUGAUUGACACAUCCAUGCACACAACGAGACGAAAUGCGUCCCAGCCAACACAUGCACGCACACGACGAGACUGCGGUCUCCAACGCACACCGACACAUUGAAUGCAAAACGGCGUGACGAACACGCCCACACACAAUCUGAUGUACAGUCGGUGGACACGCAGACUGACAAAUACGCCACUGUGGUGCACCUAUGCAGUGCCCAUGGCAGAGAAAGAGACAGCCAUCAACUGCACCCACACACAUACACACACACACACAGAGAGAGAGAGAGAGAGAGAGAUUGUGGACGCCGUCAGACUAAUCACCACAAUGUGUCUCUUUCACUUGCGUACCUUCCAACAGGAGACAGGCGCGUAUGGCUGAAGACAUACGUAUCGCAGAUAAUGCGAUCACAGAAAAUAAGGAAAAUCCCUCCAUCGACGCGAAGCGGGACAUGACUGCCGAAUGUGGUCUUGCCCGGCUCCCCCUUCGUCAGCCUCACAAUGAUCUCUCUCCGUCUCACGUCUGUCCAGCAGAGGCCGGCGUGUCCGUUUCAGCCAUGGGGACACAAGAUGUCAGAACAGGGCAUAACUGCUCAACGAUACGGGUCUUGCCAUCGUCGGUGGGGGCCUCGACGAAGAGGGGAAUCGUCCGCACAAUGUAGCCAACACGCCUGCCGUCAAGAGCCUGCUUAACACGCUCGACAUCAUCACGCGAGCAGUUGAGGUUGAAGUCUGGCGGCGACUGGAGCGGCAAACCGGCGGGAUCGAUGCCAUAUUGUGUCUGCACUCGGGCAACAGAACUUGAAGGAGAGGGACAGACAGAGAAAACGGAUCCAGCGAUUACGGCCUGAUGGCUGUCUCGUCAUUUGAGCCCAUCUUACGUCAGGAAAGCGUCGUCCGGCUUGAGGAAAUCUUCAUCGGCCCUCAAGACAAAUGGCCUUCUGGCCAGGCAUUGAAUCUGCACGCCUGACAACAGACAGGUGGUGACCUUGCCUGUGAGUACUUGAUGCAAUACUGUUUGUCGUACCUUCUUUCGGAAUGUCGCAGACUUCUCUCAAGUGACCGCUUACUCUCGACUGGAAAUCUAUGCCGCCGCGGCCUUGCCUCGUAUACAUACGAAACCAACUGUCGACGAAUGUGGUGUUGUCCUCGGAAUCCGCAUUGUCAACCGACAGUAAGGGAAAGCUGAAUAGUGACGCGUUAACGAAUUCUCCAUCCUCCAACUUGACAAGUGCCGUUCCAUUCUUCCGGUAGGUCAGUGUCUUUGGGGGCAGCAAGCAGCUCUCAGCAGAGGUAUUGCUGGGAGGAGAAAUAAUGCUGUACUGCAUGGUGCCGACAGGGGCACUUGACGUGAAGAUCUGCACAAAGCAGUCAGCAGACAUGCCCUCAUUGAUGCAGUGAUGAGUGCGUAGCCGCAUUACCAGUUCAGGCGUGAUUGACUUCGUGUCGUUGGUUCCAGCUCGGUUGAAGAAGUCUCUGAUGGUGGGGAGAUACGACGUAAGAGCCGGAUAACUACCCUCUUCUCCCUGAGGCUCAAAACUCAAGCCGCCGGCAAGAGUGCCUAUAUGAUUGAGAGACACAAGCCGAGCACACAAAAGCGUACACGUACUCCUCUGAAUGCGUCAAAGCGUACCUUCAACGAACAUCAGAGUGCCUUCGCACUCUUCGGGCGACACCUGGCGCACCGUCCCCUUGAAGUCAACAUUGGCGAAGCCAACCUGUGGCUGGUCAUCAUCCCCUGGGGCUCUCAGUGCGAUCCGUCCAUCCAGAGCCUCGACAUCAUAUCUGAUCCGCACUUGCAAGUCGGCGUCGUCUCCCUCGCAGCUGAAGGCUUGUACGAAGGCCUCUGUCCCACUGCCCCUUUCCCCCCGAGCCCGGAAUAUCCAAAGACAAGCGGUACUGUUAGGGUCCACUCCUGUGUCAUUGACAUCUUCCGCGGGAAGGUCGGCAGCGGUACUGUCAGGGUCCACUCUUGGUUUGAAGUCGGUCAUGCGGUAGCUUGAUGGCUGGGCUGUACUGGAGGCAUUCAGGACAAUCUCAGGACAUGCCUCGACUGACACAAGCAAAAGAUAUGACGAAGCAACAACAGAAAGCGACAGCAAGUCAGCUGUGAGUCAUUCUGAUUGCUUACAGCAUUCAAACCCAAUCACACAGCGAUUAGGCAGGACAUCCCCGUCUCCCAUGGCAAAAUCGCUGAACCUCUCGGUGCAGUUGUUGAUCGUUGGAUCCUCACGUGUCGAGAACAUCUCGACCGAAGCGUUGAUCCGCUGCUCAGAGCCUCUCGUUAUCCCCUUGCAAGUAUGAUUUCCAUCGGGAAAGACGAAAACACACGUGUCAGCUCCAAGGAGUCCUUCGUUGGGCGCAAGAGCAACACUCACAACCUCGCCAGUUAAGCUGGGAUCAACGAGGGCUUGAGCAGAUAGGCCGUCAUCGCCAGGUUCAAAGUCGACGGGAAGGUUUGGGAGCCUUAAUCCUCGGCAAUUGGCCAAGACUGCAGACACACGCAUCAACGGCAGGACAGUCAACCGUCUUUGCGUCUCAGCCAAGAGACAAGAAGAGAGAAACAUGCUUGUCACGCGCCUAGCUGGUGUCAUUGCCAUGUACCUUCUCUUCCAUCGAUCAGAUUUCCCAGCUGGCCCUUCACACAGCGGCAGCACACAGACAGACAUAUGUGUGGCUGCUUCUUGAGAAUGAACGGAGUACCUUCAGAAUCAGGUCAAGUGACACGCCCGUCUCCGCGCUGAAGAGGUCGAACGAUCGAGGCCCCUUUGUAUCGGACACAUUUGAACAUAGCACAGACUUAUUUCCCACAGGGAACUUGACGUCUAAGUCCAAAUCGUCCAAACACGACACGUCGUCAUCCGUGAUGACAAAGAAUCUGUCUCCGAUUGCGGCGCUGCUGAAAGACAGGUCUGGCGACUGCUCCGGCUUGUACAGGGGGGAGAAGAUGGUCGGCAGGACCUCUCCUAGAAGGGCACGGCUGAAAUCCUCGCGAAGAAUUACAGAUGUUCCAGCUUGUUCUGGACGGACCUCAGUCACGCUGUCCUCACUCAUAUCGGCCGCACUCACACAUAUCUCACUGCACUCCCGAAAUGCAUCUUGAUUGUCGAAAGCGAACUGACUGGCCUCCAGGGGGUUCUGACGAUGUGAAGGGAAGCGAGACAUAUACGUGCAUAUGAGGUCCCCCUAUCUACCAGUGCCGUACCUUUCGGAUAAUUUCGCCAGACGUCGUGUCCCUUCCAUAUCCUGAGGCAGCCAGUGCAAGGAUGCCGCCCGCCUCGGUCUCGCCAGAUGUCACUGAGAACGCUCGCUGGUUGAGCAGGACAUCACAUUCAUCAGGCACAUCAUCGGGGAAUGUCAGGAGGCCGAGACUCGUGUUGGCUGAGGGCGAGAGAAUGCCGAUCGCCCGUGCAGUGACAAGAUCGUCCUGUGUCUCGUUGCCGAUGAUGAGAAUCCGCUGGGUCUGGUUGUACUCGAAUUGCUGAGCGAUGAGAGACUCCGACUCGUCCACGAAACCCGUCAAGGUGACCUCGAUCUGCGCCUCGAUUCCCUCGCACACCGGGUUGCUGGCGUUCUCGACGACCAGCACGCCCUGAACUGUGGCAACUGCAGGCUGGAGGGCAUUGCCGGCUCGAUUGGAGCAGAGGCCGGUGUCGGGGCAGGUGAACUGGAGGGUGACGCUAACGCCCUCUGUCGUGUUGCACGACAGGUCCACAAAGAAGUCACCAAGUCCAUUAUCAUCGUCACUCUUGCCCUGGAUCCUCAUGCAGCUCGACACGUUGGCGCCGGUGUUGUUGACUGUCGGCAGAUAGGCGUCAGAGCUCACGUCUUCGAACAAAUAAGUGCCGGGCACCAACUGAGCGAACGUCGCCUCUUGCGGAACAGGGGGCUCUUCGUUUGGCUUGACGCUCUGCUCUCGUGGGUUGGGCCCAAUGUCUUCCCUUCUCUCGACGACGGGCAGGCUGCCCGCACAGUCAAAGGGCACGGCGAAGCGGUUGACGGCAUUGAAGCACGGAUCCAGCUCGGCCGGGAAACACAGAGACGAUGGCUGGCCGCUGGCGACGCCCCUCGUUAAGCUGACAUCGCCGCGCGAGAAGUUGGCCACGUCGCCGAACAGACCCACUUCCUCCUCGAUGCAGUAGCAGAAGCGGGAGUCGCUCGUGCGGGCACAGAUGGGCUUGUCCGACGGGCAACUGACAGACAGGCGCACGAAAUUACGGUGCCAUACUCAUUGAGCAGUUCCUACCUUCCCAGUGCCGCAGUGCCCAGAUCGGUGAUGUUUGUGCCAUUGACGCCGCUCGGCUCGCCACAGAUAAUGGACUGGUUGCCGCUGGUCGCAGUGACAUUGCCGAAAGUAUCCGAGUCCUCAUUGUUCAGCGCAUCUGUCUGUUGCUCCUUGAGUAGUCUUCUUGUGGUAUUCUCAUAGAAGCACUGGCCGAAGUUGCCCAGAGUGAUGUUGUCGACGAUGGGCAGCAGCGCAUUGGCCUCGCACGCCGCGGCGAUCUCACCGCGCGGGAGGACGGCUGAAGAAGCGAAAGGCAUUCAUAUCCACUUGUUGUUCACGUGCCCUCUGUUGUGCUUACCCGGCUGGCAGUCUGCGUUUGUUUCGGUCGGCUGUCCGUCGUCGUCUGUUCUUGUGUUGUUGGUCAGACAGGCCGUCGUGAACUGAGCUACAGCACCCUUCCUCUCCCAUUGGCUCAGCAGAACGGACAGCACCGCAGCCACAAGCCAAAAGGCUCUCCGCAUAAAAUCGUGAUCACAAGAAUUUACUUCAGCCGUUGCCACACUGUACAAUGCAAAGGAAACAAGAAUGAGGCUCUUCCUUUUUCUCUUCGUUUCCUCCGUCCUUCGGGCAGCUGGAGAGAUGAGUGGUCUGCCGCAGACGCGUCGGGAGGGCGCG